AUGAGUGAAAUCAAAAAUGAACCGAUGUCCAACUCAGAUUCUGUUGCAUCUAGUAACAGUACGAAAGUGAGACGUAAAAAAACCAACAGAGCAUGUAAUCAUUGUCACAAGGCACAUAUGACUUGUGACACCAAUAGACCCUGUCAACGUUGUUUACAGAGAGGAUUGGAAAGUAGCUGUCAAGAUGCACCCAGAAAACGAAAGAAAUAUUUAGCUGAUGUACCACCAAAUGUAUUAAGUAGGCCUGAAGGGUUAUCGCAAUCACCGCCUUACGAACUAGGUAAAGGUGAUAGUGUUAAUUAUCAAAAUAGUCCUUUUCAAGAGAGUCUGCAGCCGGACUUUGAUACACCUAUGACCACAACCAAUCCCAAUAAUGAUAUAAAUCAGGCCUUCGGGGCUUUUGGAAUGUAUCCCAAUAGUCAUUUAUUUCCAUCUAAUACGGGUCAAAUAAAUCAAGAUCCAAAUGCUAAUGUCAGUUCCGCUCAGGAUCUACUGAAACCACCUAUAAAUCCGCAUAUGCAACAACAGGGGUUACCACUGUAUAAUAAGCCAAGACGAACAAAUUUCCUUUCAUCAGCAGCAGAUUUAGAAUAUGCGACGCUUUCUAGCAUUCUUCAAGACAAUUUUGUUAAUGUUAAUGGUACCACAUCAGCAGAAGGAACUCCAAAUUCAAUUUUAUCGCCUUCAGUACUUCCUCACAAUGCACCUAACACGAACAGUAACGAUUCAAGGAGUGCGACAUCUCCCAGUAGUUUGAAUAACUUCGGCCAAAAUAAAGCUAUCAAUUAUACCUCCGGUUCAUCUCAUGCAUCUUCUCCAAAUGAUACUGUUUUUAAUAGCAAAAGUUCACAAUUAACAUCUAAAAAUGGCACCAAUAACAACAAACACUACUAUUCAUCGAAAUAUCCCAAAUGUGACGUAAGUAUCAAUCAGUAUUUCUUAGGCCCCACCGGUCCCGAUCAUGAAUUAAUUUAUCCAGAUGUCAUAACAGCUAUUGAAGAUAUGAAGGCAGCUGAUCCAUCUGUUUACCAUGAAAGAAAUUCCAAGCUGCUGUUGUCAUUUGCUAUAGGAAUAACCCCAGAAACAAAUGAAUAUACCAAAGAUAGAAAGUUACACGAAAAAAAGGAGACGUUUAAGGAACCGGACGAAAUAUAUGCAAAUGUCACCAAACCAUUCUCAUAUACCCCUGGAUAUCAUUCCUUGAUUGCUUACUUACGUCAGAGGUUCCCCAAGGAAAUGUUGGUCAAAAUGGCAGAAUCAAUAGCUGCUUAUCGUCCUUCAUUUAUUGCUUGUACAAAUUCGUUAAAAGAAAGUGAUUUAAUUUUCAUGGAGCAAUGCUUUCAAAGGACCUUACUUACAUACGAUAAUUUCAUUCGUGUCAGUGGAACUCCAACUAUUGUUUGGAGAAGGACCGGCGAAAUUGCAUACGUAGGAAACGAAUUUUGCGUAUUGACAGGUUGGAAAAAAGAAGAACUUUUAUUGGAAUCAAAAAAGUUUAUAGUCGAACUUCUUGACGAUAAGUCUGUCGUAGAGUAUUUUCAGCUAUUUCUGAAGAUAGCAUUUGGUGAUUUCUUGGGAGCUACAAUGACAGAAUGUACUCUCUUGACACCAAAGAAGGAUGUUAAGAUAAGAACAGGAUGCAUGUGGACGUUGAAAAGAGAUGUAUUUGGUAUUCCUAUGAUGAUUAUAGGGAACUUCUUACCCAUAAUAUAG